AUGUCGGAAGCAUUGGGUUUGAACGCUGGUUACCUGGAAGAGAUUGGGUGUGGCGAGGGAUUGUUUAUGGUCGGCCAUUACUAUCCGCCUUGCCCCAAACCUGACUUGACAUUGGGAACCAGCAGCCACACCGAUAGUGGCUUCUUCACCGUGCUUUUACAAGAUCAAAUCGGUGGACUUCAAUUAUUAUCCAAUGACAAAUUCAAAAAUGUUCAUCAUAGAGUGCUUGCAAAUAAAAAAGGUCCAAGACUUUCAAUAGCAAGUUUCUUUAGAACACAUCUUCCACCUGAGAAUGCAUCAAGGCUUUAUGGACCAAUCAAGGAAUUGGUGUAUGAAGAAAAGCCUCCACUCUAUAGGGAAACUACUAUCAAAGACUUCCUGUCAAGCUACUUCUCAAAAGGGCUUGAUUCUUCUACACUUCAAUACCUCAGGAUAUGA